GUGGCUGGGUAUUGAUCGGUUUAUGUACGUACGAGUUUUAAAUCAUAACCAUAUAGGCGGUUUUCGUAGCAGGUUUCCUUUGCUACAGAAAUAUACAGAAUGAGAUUGUGCCGUCGUAAGAUUUGUGUGUUUAAAAACUUACUUUCGUUUUCAGUUUUAAUUAUAUUUAUAACAGAUGAGGUAUGUGGACAAGCAUGCGACUCAGUUCUGUCGGUCCGAGGUAUAAUAGUCAGUGAAGGUUACCCCGAGGCUUACCCAAACCUGUAUGAUUGCACAUGGAUAAUUGAUGCAACGGAUGCACAAACAGUUACCAUCGUGUUUGAAGACUUCGCUGUAGAACCCGGGGAAACUUGCGAAUUUGAUUCUCUUGAAGUUCGAGCUGCUGCAGGCAGUCGCAAAUUAUGCGGGGACCGAGUUGAAAAACUUGGAGGUAGAAUAACAGUUCAAGGAAAAACGAUUCUCAGGCUAACUUCUGAUGAUUCUGUCCAAGAAAGAGGAUUUAAACUUCGAUUUCAAGUUUCUGAAGACGAGAGUGCGGUGACAACUACCACGGUUGCCCCAGCUACAACUCCUCCACCGGGUGUGACGUGUGAUGACGAACCUUGUCAGAAUGACGGCUUUUGUGAAAUGGUGGAAGGCGACGUAAUAUGUUUAUGCGAAGAUGGUUUCGAAGGAGACUACUGCCAAAUUAACGUAGACGACUGUGCCUCGAAUCCGUGUGAAAACGGUGCAACCUGCGUAGAUGGGGUCAACCGAUGGUCUUGUAAUUGCGUGCCUGGUUUUCUAGGAGAAACAUGCGCAAUAAACAACGAUGAAUGUAGAUCUGCACCUUGUGUUAACGGCGGGACCUGUGUGGAUGGCGUUAACCGCUUCCAAUGUGUUUGUGUUGAAGGCUGGACUGGCUGGGAUUGCGCGACGGACAUUGACGAGUGCGAUCCAAACCCUUGCCGCAAUUAUGGAGUGUGCGAAGACCACUUGGCUUCGUUUACGUGUGUUUGUCACCCAAGUUAUACAGGCCCAACAUGCGAGACACCAAUCUCGUCUUCGACUCCAGCACCUCCUACAGCGGCUCGACCAGCGGACGAAGAAGCUCCCAUUGAACCAAAUAGACGUAGACCACCUUCUAACAAUGCUCCUGCACCCCUUCCUGAAGAAACGCAGCCAGCAAAUAACACGCCGGUUUCCCCGGACGAGCAACCAAACGCAGGGCAAGGAGACGCACAAAGAGAUACAAGUCCCCAGCGCGAACCAGCAGCAGGCCAACCGCCUCCUGAGAGAAGGCCAAACAACACUGGACAAAAUCAAGCCGGUCCUGCUAAUGGUAACAAUGAAGACGACCAUGGGGAUCAUAACAACACAGGAAACCACGACCACCAACAUGAUAACAAGACGAAUAUGAUCAUUGGUUGCGCUGUACCAGCAGUGUUGGUGCUUGGUGGGUUAGCUGGUGCCUUGUAUUAUAUCAAGGCAAACCGACCGGGGAAAAUUCUGCCGCAGACAGAUAAACCAGCGACUGAAACAGAUCUGAUCGAAAGCUCCAGAGAUCGGGAAAAGCAGCGCAUCGCUCCAAAGACUGAAGAAACAGAACCGUUAAAGAAAGCAGACCCGUCAAAGCGGACAACAAAAAAGAAAACACGAAAAUUAACAAAAAAGAAAAGGUCGCAAAGGAUCUCGAAGGAUUCCGACUCUUCGGACAGCGGUAUCACAUCUCGCGCCACGACGUCAACUAAUAUGGAUGAGCGGAGGUCGACCCAUAGACCAAAGCCACCUCUCACUAUUUCGCUCAAUUCCCAGCCGGGUAAAAAAGAAGAGAUAAAAACGUCAGUAGAAGAACGAAUUGCGGAACUUGAAAACAGGGAUAGUUUGUUCAGGAACAGAAAUGAACAUCCAUCGCAUGGUGAUGUUCUUGAUCCGUUACCAAAAGGUGCUGCAACUCUUGGGGAAACGGCAUUGGAUCCAAAUACAUCAAGACCUAGGCGUUUGGAGAAGCUUAAAAAGAAGAAGAAGACUAAGAAGUCAACCCGGCUUAACAAGCUAAUAGUACCCGGCGAAAUAAGCACCGCACCACCUGAAGAACCUCAGCCAACAGUCGUUGAAGUAUAUGGAGACGCUUCGGGUCCUCAGAUGCCCAAACCAUACGAAUACAUCGAAGAAUUGCCAUCAGACAAGCAUGGACCCAGCCCGAGUGCCGGAACUUUUAAUGCGGAAUGUUUGGACCCAACAAUAAAAGAUAAUUUAGCUAAAUCAGAAACACCUCCAAACGUUAAAGGCAGAAGAAAACGCAAACCAGUUCGAAGAAUCAAAGGACCUCGUCCGAAAACUGCAACGACGGAGAACGAACUUCGGAUCCGUAAUCUUCCGAUUCAUUCCGAAACACGGGAAGUGUUUUCUGCACCAAAACGACCUGACAGUCUUUUUACGACACCUCAUACACCAGAAGCAAAUCCUACCAAAAAAGACCCUGACUCUCCUACCGUUAUCAGGUUUGACAGACAUGACCAUGAACCAACUUCUCCCCUUGACUCGAAACCAACCAGCGUACCAAUAUUCGAAUCACACGAAGAUAUUCCUCCGUGGUCAUUCCAGCCUCCACCUAAAGAGCAAUCCUCGAAUAAAAUCUCUCAACUAAAAUUUGACUUCACCAAACACAAGAUAUUUCCAAGCAACAAACCAUUCUCUUUUCAAAAUAAUAACCAAUCUUUUGAGCCACCUUUAACAUCCUCUGGGCCCUUAUUUCAAAAGCCGUCAUCCCCAACUCAACUUACGUUACCAAUACGUCAAACUGCAUCACAAACGCUAUCAGAAGAUGCGUUUGAAAGCAGACACCCAAGGCUUCACGAAAUUCCGCAUACACCUGCUAUGGCGGAUUUCCACGAAACACCUACGGUUGUAGCAAGGCCACAGUUUUUGAGCCCCCUUUCCACAAAACACCCGGUGAAACCACCAGUGAAACCAUUCACACUUCCAGGACCGCGUAUUAAAAACACAUUUGAUUUUUCCUCGAAAAAGAACAGCUAAGACAUGGCCUUGUUACACAAUUAAGAUUCAUUGUAAGUAUAUAUCAAAGCCUGUACCGUCAGAAGAUUCAUAUAUAUAUAUAUAAUAGCAGUAGUAUUCUAUCACAGAGUAUGACUUACAAAACAUACAAAACAUUAAACAAACGUUGUACAAAGUAACAAAAAGUAAAACUACUUCUUUUAAAUCAGUCGAAAAGAAAAGCGUUUUCUCUGUUCAGUCUGAGUGAAGUUCGACCGCUCAUA